CAAAGGGAUGGGCAAAACUCAGUUAAAUCCGUCGGCUUGUUCCCUUCUUCUCCGAGCAUCCCACUCAUCUCUCUCCCUCUCUCUCUCUGAGAGGUAUGAAAGCUCUCAUCGAUCUCUUCAAGUCGCCAUUCUCCAUAAAAAUUGCCGCACUAUUCCUCGCGUGCAUCGCCACCUUUUUCCUCGGCAAGCACUGGUCCCACGAUCCCUCUCAGCUCAUCUUCUUCAACCCUAACACCAAUGCCAGCGAAGCAAACACCGCCCCUUCCGCUCCCAUCUCCUCCAAUUCACUCCGCACAAUCAACAUCUCUUCGUUUAUCUCCACCGCCUCCACUCAAGUCCCUCCUCUUCCGCCGCCUGUACUCAUCCCCUCGCCUCCUCCUCCAUCCUUGGAGAGAUUUGAGGUUGUUGACCAGAAUGGGGAGAUGAAGGACGACUUCGAUGCUGGGUUAUUUGAUUUGGAGGUGGGGGGGAAUCAGGCACUGUGGAACGAGACGAUGGUCGAGAGCGGUGUGGGCGAGGGGAGGGUUAGGGUUGACAGGUUUCAACCCUGUGUUGCAAGCACGAGGGAGUAUAUUCCGUGUUUGGAUAACCUGGAGGCGAUCGAGAAGUUUAACGCGUCGGAACGAGGGGAGAAGUUUGAGCGGCAUUGCCCGGAUGAGGGGAAACGGUUGAAUUGCUUGGUUCCAGCGCCUGAGGCUUAUAAGACUUCGAUUCCUUGGCCGAAGAGCAGAGAAGAGGUGUGGUUCAACAAUGUUCCACAUACACGCUUGGUUGAAGAAAAAGGAGGGCAAAAUUGGAUUGCAAGAGAUGGGGAAAAAUUUAGAUUUCCUGGAGGUGGAACUCAAUUUAUACAUGGGGCGGAUCAAUAUAUUCAACAGAUCUCUGUGAUGGUUCAGGAUAUUGCAUUUGGUUCCAAGACAAGAAUUGUUCUUGAUGUUGGAUGUGGUGUGGCAAGUUUUGGUGCUUAUUUGUUUUCAAGAGAUGUUAUCACUAUGUCAAUAGCUCCAAAAGAUGCUCAUGAAAACCAGAUUCAAUUUGCCCUUGAACGUGGUGUCCCUGCAAUGGUAGCAGUGUUUGCGACACAUAGGUUGUUUUAUCCAAGUCAAGCAUUCGAUCUAGUUCAUUGCUCAAGAUGUAGGAUAAAUUGGACCCGUGAUGGUGGAAUCUUGCUUCUUGAGGUCAACAGAAUGCUGAGGUCGGGAGGAUACUUCGUUUGGGCAGCACAACCUGUGUAUAAACAUGAAGAGGCACAACAAGAAGCAUGGAAAGAGAUGGUGAAUCUAACCGCUCGUAUUUGUUGGAAGCUUGUGAAAAAGGAAGGUUAUAUUGCUAUAUGGAAAAAGCCUUCGAACAACACUUGUUAUAACAGACGUGAAGCUGGAGUUCAACCUUCACUGUGUGACCCAGAUGAUAACCCGGAUGAUGUCUGGUAUGUUAAUCUGAAAGCAUGCAUCAGCAGGCUUCCUGAAUCAGGAUUUGAAAGAGACGUUUCACCUUGGCCUGAUCGCCUGCAUGUACCACCGCAGAGGCUUCAAGCAGUGCAAAUGGAUGCUUACAUGGCUAAAAAUGAGCUUUUCAAAGCCGAAUCUGCAUACUGGAAUGAAAUAAUUGGAAGUUAUGUCAAUGCUUUUCGUUGGAAGGAAAUGAACCUUCGAAAUGUUAUGGACAUGAGAGCUGGACUAGGAGGAUUUGCAGCAGCAAUGAUUGAUCUCCUGCCUAACAGCUGGGUGAUGAAUGUUGUCCCAACAAGCGAGCCUAACACACUGCCUGUAAUAUAUGACCGAGGGCUAGUAGGAGUUGCCCAUGAUUGGUGUGAACCUUUCGAUACAUAUCCCAGAACUUAUGAUUUAUUGCAUGCAUAUGGCCUGUUCUCUAGAGAGCAGAAAAGAUGCAACAUCACUACUAUCCUACUUGAGAUGGAUCGCAUCCUAAGGCCGGGUGGACGUGCAUAUAUACGCGAUUUUAAGUACAUAAUUGAUGAAAUUCAAGCAAUCACAUUAGCCAUGGGAUGGAGAGCAAACCAGUUUGACACAUCUGAAGGUCUUUAUUCAAGCAGGAGGAUCUUAAUUUGUGACAAAUGAAUGCUCCAGUACUCUAGUUUGCUUGGCUUCUCAAGCUACUGCAGUUGUAUUUUUUAGCGUUGCGCCAAGUUGUAUAAUUUUCAUUUUUUGCUUAAUAUAAUUAUUGAUUUUAAAAUAAUGUUAUCGAUGCAAAAGGAUAUGUUAUUUUGUUUUUGAAGAAUAGGAUUGACUGUCAGAAUUUGCUAAUUUGACCAACCGAUCUCAACUUCCUUUUGGUUGGCUCAGCAGUAGUACAAUCCAACUUCAGAUAUAGCGCACCAUUUUUUGCUAAUUUAUCACUAAGUGCUUCAUUUUGCCUGUUUUUUGUUUGUGUUGAGAUUAUCUGAAUUCACUUUUAGUUCUCUUUGAUGUGAUCUGUACUAUAAAUUAUUAUGCCCAUU